UGCAGCCAGGCUUUGCCCUGAGAGGUUUUGUUUUCUCAUGAGCAGCUGGACUUUAAACUUCAACAUCCCUCAUGUAGCCAUUUCCCCCAGACCUGCAGGAAUGCAGGCAGGCAGCCAUUAGGCUCAGAGGGUAGCAAUGGCAAGGUGCUCUUGGACAAUAUUGUUUCUUCUCUCUGCCCUUUUCCUUCAGACAGAGCAGACAGUGUUUAUAUCAGCUGUUGACGCAAACACUGUUAUCAAGAGACAGAGGCGUGCCAGUUCCUUACAUUUGGAGGAGAUCCUCCAAGGCAACUUGGAAAGGGAAUGCUUUGAAGAGAGAUGUACACAUGAAGAAGCAAGAGAAGUGUUUGAAAAUGAUGAAAUGCUUAAAAUGUUUUGGGAUGCCUACUAUGGUGGCAGGAGGUGCUCAUCGAGCCCCUGCCAGCACAAUGGUGUGUGUGAGGACAGCAUCCGUGGGUACACCUGCACCUGUGCUGAGGGCUACGAGGGAGAGAACUGUGCUUUCGCUAAAAAUGAAUGUCACCACCAAGCAAAGGAAGGAUGUCACCACUUCUGCUACCCAGGAAGUAAUUCCUACUAUUGUUCCUGUGCUGACAGCUAUGAGCUCGGGAAGGACAAAAAACAGUGCAUUGCAUUAGAUCAAUGUGCAUGUGGCAGACUUCAAGACACUGAUAAUGUGAUACAUGGAACCAGGAAGAAAAGUGAUGAGCAGUUUCCCUGGCAGGUCCUGCUGCUGAACUCUGAAGGGAAGGGCUUCUGUGGAGGAGUGCUGCUAAAAAGUAACUUUGUGUUGACUACAGCAGAGUGUGCUCUUUUGCACAGCCAUUUCGAAGUCAGGGUUGGCACUGGGUCUAAUGGAACAAGUGGAAUUGAGAAGAUAAUGCAAGUUCAUGAGAAACACAUACACAUCCGCUAUGAUGAAGACACUGGUGAGAACAAUAUUGCAUUACUACAACUCCAGGAGCAUGUUGAGUGCAACAACCAUCAGCUGCCUGUAUGCAGCCCUGAAAGAGACUUUGCAGAACACAUUUUAAUUCCAAAACUGCCUGGUACAGUCAGUGGCUGGAGAACGGAAGGUGAUGAACUUCAUGGUGAUAAGUUACAGGUUUCAUACCUUCCUGCUGAGGACUGCAAACAAAGACUCAACAUAAGCCUCACAAACAGGCAGUUUUGUGGACACCUUCAGGAGGCUGUAGACAAACAACUGGCUGGAGGAAGCUUUUUGGUUACCAAGUAUAAGGACACUUGGUUUCUGACUGGUAUCCUGGGAUCUUGGCCACUUGAACACACUGAUUGGGAAACAUUUCUAUUCACUAACACUGCAAGGUAUAUGAUAUGGUUUAAACAAAAAAUGAACUAAGACAAACACAACCAA